AGGACGUAGCGGCGCGGUGACGCAUUACGCAGACGCUGCCGGCGGAGCAGCAGCAGCAGCAGCAGGAGGGGCAGGGGCCAUGGCGAGCCAGUCGCAGGGCAUCCAGCAGCUGCUGCAGGCCGAGAAGCGCGCGGCCGAGAAGGUGGCCGAGGCCCGCAAGCGAAAGAAUCGGAGGCUGAAGCAGGCCAAAGAAGAAGCCCAGGCAGAGAUCGAGCAGUACCGCCUGCAGAGGGAGAAGGAAUUCAAGGCCAAGGAAGCAGCGGCACUUGGAUCUCAUGGCAGCUGCACCACUGAGGUUGAGAAAGAGACCCAGGAAAAGAUGAGUGUAAUCCAGCAGAACUUCCAGAAGAAUCGUGAGGUGGUCCUCUCCCAGCUGUUGUCACUGGUGUGUGACAUCAAGCCUGAAAUCCACGUGAAUUACCGCAUCAAUGGGUAGUGGUGGAAGAAGGAAUAAGCGUGUGAGAAAUGCUGCUAGCAGCAUUUGAGGUUCAGGUGGAAUGUACAGCUCUCAGCCAUACCUUAACUGUUCUUGUGAAGGUGUUAAAUUAUUUCAGUGAGCUGUAGGCUAUCGGCAUCUUGUCGGACUUCUAUUAGUUUCUUAAUUGACAUAGAUCUAGAGCUUAAUCAAACAUUACAUGACCAUGUCUCAAAUCUGUGCUAAGUUAUUAAACGUGUUCAGGUUGGCACAUUAAUGCUCCCUUAUUUCGGGUUAGUAUUCAGUGAGAGGCUUUCCUCUGAGAAGUAGAAAGGGGAGAGAUGCUGGCCUUGAGCCAGUAAUUGUUAGACCUGCAUAACUGUAUUGUUGUUGACCAAAAUGCGUUUUUCAGUGUGUUGUUAGCCUUCGUACAGGGUUAAACCUCGUCAGAAGAAUUCUCUGGCUGUACAGUGCUAGCUGAUAAUCUUCAGGUGCUUGAGUUUCUCUGUAUUGAAUAUCCGCUGUAUAUUCUGCUGUUAGCUUGAGUUACAAGUCUGGCACCAUGACACUUGAAAGUAAAAACACUCAGUUAACUCCA